AUGCCAAAUCGUCGACUUCCCGUCCCCCAGCGGCCCGAACGGCCAGCAUACGGUGACCAUACCAAAUUGAUGCAAUGGGUCGAAAAUUACUUCAGAUCUGCUUCCAACCCGGCUGACAAAGGUCCAUCCGCGAUCAUGACGACGACGCGGUUCCCGCUGUACUUCCAGCACGACGGGCACAGUCGAACGAUCAUUGGGAUCGAGACGGACGCCAAGCUCCAGCCGCAGCUGCUCAUCCUGGACCCAGCGAAGAAGGUGGCCCCGGCGUUGAAAAAGCUCUCCGAGCAGAUGUCGGCCGCCGAGAGCGCCCCGGCUCAGCCCGCCGCCACCCCGGCCUCCGCCGGCUCCGUCGGCCCCACGCGCGCCCGGAAAGCCCCCGAGCUCGACCUGCACGCCCAUCCGAAGCUGCUCGGCGCCCACCGGCUGAGCCUGAAAGAGCUCAGCAACAAGAAGCAGUACCAGAUCCUCUACGUCCUUGACCACGUGCCCAAGCCGGCUACCGCCGACCCCGACCAGCCCAAGUUCCACACCAUCCGCUCUCUGCGGAUCGUCUGA